UAAACCUUUUCUUAUCUUCUUCUUAUUCUUCACUCUCUCUCUCUCUCUCUCUCUCUCUCUAUUUCCGGCGUCACAAUGGCGGCUGCCGCUGGUAAAGGCAACGAACUCGACCACAUCAAGAAUGAAUCCGUUGAUCUGGUUCGAAUACCCAUGGAGGAAGUGUUCGAGGAGCUGAAAUGUACAAAACAAGGUCUUACGACAGAUGAAGCUUCCCACCGUCUCGACCUCUUUGGUCCCAACAAACUCGAAGAGAAGAAGGAAAGCAAGUUACUGAAGUUUUUAGGGUUCAUGUGGAACCCAUUGUCGUGGGUGAUGGAGGCGGCAGCACUAAUGGCGAUCGCUUUGGCAAACGGAGGAGGACGGCCACCGGAUUGGCAAGACUUUGUUGGGAUAGUGUGUUUGCUAUUCAUCAACUCAACCAUUAGUUUCAUUGAGGAAAACAAUGCCGGUAAUGCUGCAGCCGCUCUCAUGGCCGGUCUUGCCCCCAAGACAAAGGUCCUUAGAGAUAAUCAAUGGAGCGAGCAAGAAGCAUCGAUUCUUGUUCCCGGAGACGUAAUCAGCCUCAAGCUCGGCGACAUCAUCCCCGCCGACGCCCGUUUACUCGACGGCGAUCCUCUCAAAAUCGAUCAAUCAUCUCUCACCGGCGAAUCGAUCCCCGUAACCAAAAAUCCCGGCGAUGAAGUCUUCUCCGGUUCAACUUGCAAACAAGGCGAGAUCGAAGCAAUCGUCGUCGCAACCGGAGUCCACACGUUCUUCGGCAAAGCAGCUCACCUCGUCGACAGCACAAACCAAAUCGGCCAUUUCCAGAAAGUUCUCACUUCGAUUGGUAACUUCUGUAUCUGUUCAAUCGCUUUAGGAAUCGUCGUUGAGCUUCUCGUGAUGUAUCCGAUUCAACGCCGUGGGUAUCGAGACGGAAUCGAUAACUUGCUCGUUUUGUUGAUCGGAGGGAUACCUAUAGCUAUGCCUACUGUGUUGUCUGUUACAAUGGCGAUUGGAUCUCACAGAUUGUCUAAGCAAGGAGCUAUUACUAAGAGGAUGACUGCAAUUGAGGAAAUGGCUGGUAUGGAUGUUUUGUGUAGUGAUAAGACUGGAACUCUCACGCUUAAUAAGCUUACUGUUGAUAGGAACUUAGUUGAGGUUUUCGCCAAAGGGGUUGGUAAAGAACAUGUUUUCCUAUUGGCUGCGAGAGCCUCGAGGAUUGAGAAUCAAGAUGCGAUUGAUGCUGCUAUUGUUGGAAUGCUUGCUGAUCCUAAAGAGGCUCGUGCUGGUGUUAGAGAGGUUCAUUUUUUUCCUUUUAAUCCGGUUGAUAAGAGAACUGCUUUGACGUAUGUAGACUACUCGGAUGGAAACUGGUAUAGAGCUAGUAAAGGAGCUCCAGAGCAGAUACUAAAUCUCUGCGAUUGCAAGGAAGAUGUGAGGAGGAAAGUUCAUGGAGUGAUUGAUAAGUUUGCUGAACGUGGACUUCGAUCUUUGGCUGUUGCAAGACAGGAAGUUCCUGAGAAGAAAAAAGAUGCUUCUGGUGGCCCAUGGCAACUUGUAGGUCUUUUACCUCUGUUUGAUCCUCCAAGGCAUGACAGUGCCGAGACAAUCAGGAGGGCUUUAAACCUUGGUGUUAAUGUUAAGAUGAUAACAGGAGACCAACUUGCAAUUGGGAAAGAAACUGGUCGCAGGCUUGGAAUGGGUACGAACAUGUAUCCCUCUUCUGCGUUGCUCGGACAAGAAAAAGAUUCUUCCUUGGGUGCACUUCCUGUGGAUGAACUGAUAGAGAAGGCUGAUGGAUUUGCAGGAGUCUUUCCAGAGAUGGACUUUUAUAGAAGGCUAUAUUUUUUACGACGCGCUCUAGUACUUUUCAAGAUUCUUAGUAAUGAAUUCUCUGGUGCAUGGAAAAUGGCAGAGCAUAAGUAUGAGAUUGUUAAUAGGCUGCAACAAAGGAAGCACAUAUGCGGUAUGACUGGAGAUGGUGUGAAUGAUGCCCCAGCUCUGAAGAAGGCAGAUAUUGGUAUAGCUGUUGCUGAUUCUACUGAUGCUGCGAGAGGCGCUUCUGAUAUCGUUCUCACAGAACCCGGAUUGAGUGUUAUCAUUAGUGCAGUGCUCACCAGUAGAGCCAUAUUCCAAAGAAUGAAAAACUACACUAUUUAUGCGGUUUCAAUCACAAUACGUAUUGUGUUUGGCUUCAUGUUCAUUGCUCUCAUAUGGCAGUUCGAUUUCUCGCCUUUCAUGGUCCUGAUCAUAGCAAUCUUAAACGAUGGAACAAUCAUGACAAUAUCGAAGGACAGAGUGAAGCCAUCUCCACAGCCAGAUAGUUGGAAACUAAGAGAAAUCUUCUCGACAGGUGUUGUUCUUGGAGGCUACCAGGCCUUCAUGACUGUCGUUUUCUUCUGGGUGAUGAAAGAUACUAAUAUUUUCUCGAACAUGUUAGGUGUUAGACCAUUAAGCCAACGUCCUGAACAAAUGAUGGCUGCCCUGUAUCUACAAGUUAGCAUCAUAAGUCAGGCUCUCAUCUUCGUCACCAGAUCCCGUAGCUGGUCCUUCGUUGAACGCCCUGGUCUUCUCUUACUUGGUGCAUUUGUCAUAGCUCAACUGGUGGCGACAUUUAUAGCAGUUUAUGCAGACUGGAGUUUUGCCCGGAUAGAAGGAGCCGGUUGGGGAUGGGCUGGAGUGAUCUGGCUAUAUAGUCUCAUAACUUACAUCCCUCUUGACUUACUCAAGUUUGGAAUCCGCUACGUUUUGAGUGGCAAAGCUUGGUUAAACCUUCUUGAAAACAAGACUGCCUUCACGACGAAGAAAGACUAUGGGAAAGAAGAAAGAGAAGCUCAAUGGGCUGCAGCUCAAAGAACCCUCCAUGGCCUUCAACCAGCAGAGACGAACAACAUCUUUAACGAAAAGAAUAGUUACAGUGAGCUCUCUCAGAUUGCUGAACAGGCCAAACGGCGAGCUGAGGUUGUCAGGCUGAGAGAGAUAAAUUCAUUAAAAGGGCAUGUAGAGUCAGUGGUGAAGCUCAAAGGACUUGACAUUGACACGAUUCAGCAACAUUACACAGUUUAAGCUAAAUUGUGAAACCAAACUAUUAUUAUUAGUUUCAGAAAAAGAAAAAAGAAAAAAACAAAAUUGCAUGUGUAGGUAGAAUCUUUCCUCCUUUUGUCUUAUAACUGUCCGAAGAUCAUAAAAGAGACCUUAGUUCUUUACAAUGCUUUUUUGUUGUUGACUUUGUAAGUGUGACUGCUUAUUGUCUUUGUUAUAAAUAUGUAAUCUUUUUCCACUUAGCACGUAAAUUUGGUAA